GGAAGGGAAAACCGAUGGGAGAAGGAAAGAGAAUGGAACACAUAAUAAUGGAAUGACCCUGCGGAAAGGCGCGCUUCUUUCUCUCUUCACUCUCUCAUCCACCUCUCAAUUGUCCACCAUCACCACGCGCGCUCCUCAUCCCAUCCUUUGGAAAAAUAAUUACUUCUGGUCAACUAUUAUCGCUUAUACUCAUGGCGUUCGUUAUCUGAAGAAUCGCACCAGUAUCGUCACCCUCCUUCCGUUACGCCUUGCGAUCCGCCCCAUUCCCGUCAGAUUACUCUAGAGUCAUCCAACGUUUCUUCCGGAAGAAAGAGCACAAUGGUUGGUAAAAAGUCUGGAAAGGCUCUCCUUCGGGAUGAAGGCCUUGAGCGAACCGAUAAUAACAUGGAAUUAUCGACCUGGCCUGUGGUACCUCCGAUUAAUCAGAAGAAUUACUAUACCGACUACCUCAAGAGAGACGAUCAGUAUCUCGCAUUCCGACUACAAAAUGAAGAGAAUCGAAAUCGCAUGGCCAAAACGGCCAAGGACCGGGACCGUGCACUUGCGAUGAAGGGACACGAUGCAGAAGCGGACGCGGAUCUGGAUGGCGACACGAACAUGGAAGAUGGAACUGAAGAGACUCAAGAAACAGCUGGCUCCAAGGUCAUUGUCAUGCACCUCGGCGGUCAGAACUUACGGAUCGGUUUGGCCAGCGAUGCUUUACCAAAGACGAUCCCCAUGGUCAUCGCGAGGAAAUCUGCUACCUGCGAAUCCGAAGACCAGGAAGAACCGAAUCCGAAGAGGUUGAAGACGGAGGACGGCUCUGAACUGGAACCAGAGAAGAUGUUUGACCAGGAGUUUUCUUCGCAAUAUUCGACCAUGGCGGCCGACCUGAAAGUCCACAUGCGGCAGAAUAAACGCCGGACCCUCCCCAAUUCGAAGGAAAUGGUUGUCAACUACAACCGUCGAACAGUACCUGAGACGAUUUCGGAACACAACGACCCGAUGCGUAUCGAGUGGACGGAACUCAAUAACCCUGCACCCGAAUAUAUCACUGGUCAAGAUGCAUUAAGGAUACCGGAUCUAUCGAACCCUCGCUAUAAACUAUACUGGCCAAUGCGACAUGGGUGGUGCAAUGAAAAGGACUACGACAGCAAAAGAGUUCUGUUUUUGGACAUUGCGCUCAUCCUUGAAGAGGCGAUCAAGAACCAGCUUGGCCUUACAAGCAAGAAAGAAUGGCCGCAGUAUUCAUGCGUCUUUGUAAUACCGGAUCUCUACGAAAAGUCCUACGUGACUCAGGUCCUUGAGCUGCUGAUGAGAGAAUUUGCAUUUGCUCGCGUCUGCUUUAUCCAAGAAAGCCUGGCAGCUACCUUUGGAGCUGGAUUCACAUCCGCCUGUGUGGUAGAUAUUGGUGCGCAGAAGACAUCGAUAUGCUGCGUGGAGGAAGGCAUGUGUAUUGAGAACUCGCGCGUCAACCUGAAAUACGGUGGUGCCGACGUUACCGAAGCUUUUAUCAAAAUGAUGCUGUACGACCAUUUCCCCUAUGCCGACAUCAAUUUGUGGCGUAGGUACGAUUUCCUGCUAGCUGAAGAGCUGAAGAAGAAUAUAUGUACCAUGAACGAAGCCAACGUCUCGGUACAACUUCACGAUUUCCAUCUUCGUGUUUCUGGGCAAGACACACGGAAGUACACGUUCAAAGCGUAUGAUGAAGGGCAUCUGGCCCCAAUGGGCCUUUUCCAGACCUCUACCUUUGACAAUUCACAUAAGCUCAAGGGUCGGAGGACACUGAUUGAGCGCUCGGUUGACAUUUACGAUGGUCAACCGAAUGAUCCGGUGUCUGCGGCUCAAUCCGAGAUCUUGAAUUCUCUUGCUCCGCCAGCUGCCAAUGGACAUGUGAAUGAGGAGACCACAUCAAAAACAUUGGACGUCCAAUCAACCCCAAGCCGCUCACAUAAUACCAAUGCUCUAGGCCGGGUUCAAGAUCUUGAAGCUACGCCUCGGUCAUCUGUUGCUGGCUCUCCUGCCCCGGAGGCGACAAGUACACCACAUGGAGGCGGAACCAGCACCCCGGCCGCGGGUGGACAGGGCGCAGGUGCACUAACAUCUCGCGCUCCAACUGUUGAGGAACGGGACGACAUUAUCCCGAUCCUUUCGUUGGACAAUGCAAUCCUUACCUCCAUCGCACACGCUACUCGUGGAGAAGAGCGUAAAAUGCGAGAAUUCAUGGGAGGUAUCAUGAUUGUGGGAGGCGGUAGUCUAAUCGAUGGUUUCCACCCAUUCCUCGAAGAACGGUUGAAGAACCUCCGGCCUGGGUUUGCUAAGGAGAUUAUGAUUGGUACUCCUCCGAGAGAGCUUGAUCCGCAAGUCGUUGUCUGGAAGGGUGCCAGUGUGUUUGGAAAGCUGAACCAAACGAAUGAUAGCUGGAUUGGCCAGUUGGAGUAUGAUCGCUUGGACGAUAACAUCAACAUGUCCAAGUCCAAAAGUGGCUCCUCUGGGGGCUACCACCAAGAGUACAUUGCUUCAACACGCUACCGAAAUGACCUCCCUCCUCCGGACAUGCCCCCAAAGUUCCUAGAGAUCCCGCAUGAGGGGCUCGAACGGUUUCUGACGCCGGGCUUUACGUCGAACCUGGCUCGACGCGAAGAGCCAAAUAUCGAUGUCGAUGCGGAAGGUGGAAUGCCAAUUGAUCUUGUCGGUAUUCCAGGACUUCAUCUGGGUGAUGAGAGUGCUAUCAUGGCCCCCGAAAACCCGCAACCUAUUGAUACAGCCGAUCUCCCGCUUCUCAUGAGUCUGGAACAGCUGAAGAAUCCGGCACCGAAGAAUACGAACGUCAGUUUCCUGCGGCGGACUCAGUAUAUCUCAGCUGGUUUACGUGCCCCUGAUGGUGGCUCUAGGCCUACUCCGACAAGAGUGAAGCCGCGUGAAGAUAAACACAAGAACCAAGAUGACCCGACCUAUAUCAAACGUUAUAUCCAGAAGGGUUUCGAUACCGCCUACCCGGAAAGCAAGCAUACUGGCGAAGAGACCGCGAGCAAAAUCAAGGGCCACACAGCUACAAAGGCAGAACACGAUGCAUGGGCAACACCUGUUCAUCCGGAUAACCCGAAGCUCAAGCCCGUUGGUUUCUAUCCCGUCAUGCCCGAUUUACAAGGGUUCCCGGACCCUGGUGGUUUUGUUCAAUUCAAGUUCGACAAGGCGCCUGUACAAGGCGUUUCAGGGAAGCGCAACAAGGCCAUGGAUGUUGCUAUUCUGCUUCCGUCUGCCCCCGAAGAGCGCGUUUGCCAGGAGCAUGCUACUAAGGUGGCCCUGCACAAGACGAACCCUAACCUUUACCCCGAUCCGGGUCCGAUUCCGUGGGACUACGAUCUUUUCUUGCCUGAUAAGAAAGAAGCAACACAGAAUGUCAUAUCCAGUCUUGAUAUCUCGAACCCGAACCGUGAUAGCCCUGAAUUAUACACUCACAAUGGACCUGAUGACACUAAGUUCCACCGUUUCGACCGCUCUCGCACAUAUGCCACCAGCGCACAAACGCUAAGUAACGACCACAAGCAAAGAGAUGUCGCUCUGGCCCUAUUCGAUCCGGAACAGGUAGCGGAGGGCCAGCAGGAUAUUGCGCCUUCCAAGCAAAAAGCUGCCUACUACUACCCGAUCCUGGGCAAGACCCGUCUUAAGCCUGAACGUGCACGUACUAUUGCGCAAGCAGGAUUAGCCCCUACAAAGCCGAAGACGAAGGAAGACCAGGUUGACCAGCUUCAAGUGGUCGUCCGCGACCCGGAUGAAGCGGAGGUCUAUAAGCGUGCUUUGCACCGAGCAGCCAUUGACCCCAAGUUUGCUGAUUCCAUGCCUCCUCCCCCGGCUGGUGCAGAUGACGAACAAGAAGUUCCCCAGGAGGAGAACACUGAGGGAGAUGAGAGAGGACAGGAAGAAUCGGGCGAAAGAGAGCCAAGUCCUGAUCAUCCCGAGGAAGCAGACGAAGAGUAGAUGCUCCGGCUUCGCUUUCUUUUCUUUUCUCUACGUUUUGGCGUUGGUAUGGGUUGCAUUUAUGUCAAAGCUAAUUACUUUUUCGGAGCACAUACCCAUGUAUCUCUUCAUUUUCGACAGAUCAUCAUAUAACCAGUUUAGAACUUGUCAAGCGAGACCUCAUGCUGCUGCAAAUAGUCGUGGAGUCAGUCCAUUGGAGCCGGUGUUAAAGGCAGAAAAUGAUAGGCGUUUGGUGCCAUGGACAUAACAUUUCAAUAUAUAUACUUUGUUAUCUC